AUGGAGCUGCUCCAGUCCAAUUAUACCAACAACAGUAGUAGCAGUGGCUCUGAGGACGAGAACUCGGGGGAAACGAUUAGAUCUGAGCCUCUUCCCAAGCCAUUCGAGGUCUUUGACAAAUAUCAGAUCACGCCAAACGUCAAGAAAUACAUCACCAACGCUGAGAUGAACUUCACCAAGGGGAGAUGGACAAGUUUCGUUUUCAUUGAAUUCCGAAACAACGCGACACAAAGAGCUGCCUUAGAUAAGCUUCUUCCCCGCAUUAACGAGUUGCUGAGACCCGUUGAUGUGGAAUUCAAGUCUCUCUACACGUCUGAACUAGGAUCUCCACAACCGCUGCACAUUUCGUUAUCCUCGAACAUCGAGUUUUCAACUUCAGCUGAGCUAGACAGGUUUUCGCGCAUGCUUACGGUGGAGCUCCGACAAAAGCUGACCAAAGGGUUCGACGUGGCUUUCGGCCCUCAGUUACGGGUGCAUGCCAAUUCAGACAAGACCGCGCUGUUUCUCACGAUGGAGUGCGUUGACACCGUGCGAUGUAACCAGAUCAGUCUCAUCUCAUCGGUCGUGCAUGAAGCAGUCGACUACUGCGCGGCAGAAGAGCCAAACUCAAAAAAUAUGGGCAAACUCGACCCCGCGCUCGCACACAUGUCCGUUGGCAUUGACACCACAAGCAGAGCAACUCGAAAUUCUACACUACGCGGCGGGAGUUGGAGCGAUUUUUUCGGGCUGAAACUUACCGAAGUGAACACCGCCCUGGCCUCGCUCUACCUGGAUGCCGAUUUUCUUCGAAUGUUCCAAUUUCACUGCGGGGGUGUCAAAAUUACAAAACAGCGCGCCAAUAUUUGGGUACCUUUCGAAUGA